CCCCUGCUUGGACCGUCAAUUACUCCAGCACAGAACCCACUAAGCCGUGCCUGUGGCAACGACAGUUUUCGCCCGUCUGAUGUCGCACAUGUUGUACUGACGCCAGCGACUCUCGCAAGCACCCAUCAACAACCCGCCGCAAUGCCUGCCGCCGUCCUGCCCCAGAAGCGCGAGUUCGGCGAGGCCUCAAACGCCCGUAGGAACAUCUCGGCCGGUCCCGAUAGCUUCAAAAAGAGGAAGAUCGAGCCGCCAGCGUCGUCCCCGGCCGCGCCACGCUUCAAGAGCUCCCAGGGCCCCAAGCUCGGGUCCAGCCAGCCCAAGAGCACGUUCGAGUCCGAGGUCCUCGAGAAGCUCAGCCAGGACAUCUCGGAGCUCAAGCAGACCAACACCGAGAAGGACCAGGCAUGGGGCCGCCCGCCAGUGCCCCGGGAUUUCGCCCCCGCGACAAGCAACCUUUGCUUCCAGUCCAUCGAAGCCGAAGAGGGCACCCUCCAUGGCGGCCAGGCCACGGUCAAGCUCUUCGGUGUCACCGAGCAGGGGAACUCGGUCAUGCUCCACGUCAAGGACUUCAAGCACUACCUCUACGUGGCCGCCCCCUCGACCUUCUCAAAGGAGGACUGCUCGUCCUUCAAGACCUUUCUCGAGACCGGCGUCGCCCAGCACCAGCCCGCGAUACACUCGGUCCAGUUGACGCUGCGCGAGAACAUGUACGGCUUCCAGAAUAACACUCAAAAUCCCUUCAUCAAGGUCACCGUCACGGACCCGAAGCACAUCAACACGGUGCGCACAACCAUCGAGUCGGGCAGGGCGAACUGGAAGGGCAUGUGGAGGAAUGAUGGCAGCGGCAUCAUGACGUUUGACAACAUCCAAUACGUCCUGCGCUUCAUGGUGGACUGUCACAUCCAAGGCAUGUCCUGGGUCGAGGCGCCGGCGGCCGCCUACAGCCUCAUUCAUGCAUCCCAGAAGCAGUCCAACUGCCAGAUCGAGGCUGAGAUCAGCUACCGGGACCUCGUCGCGCACAAGCCGGUCGGGGACUGGUCCAAAAUGGCGCCCCUGAGGAUCCUGUCCUUCGAUAUCGAGUGCGCGGGACGCAAGGGUAUCUUCCCCGAGGCCGAGAUCGACCCCGUCAUCCAGAUCGCCAAUGUUGUCACUAGGUAUGGAGACAAGAAGCCCUUCGUCCGCAACGUCUUUUGCCUAGACCAGACGAGUUCCAUCGUGGCGACGCAGAUCCUGGAGUUCAGUCAGGAGGAGAAGAUGUUGAGGGCCUGGCGUGACUUCCUGGUCGAGGUCGACCCGGACAUCAUAACCGGCUACAACAUUUGCAACUUUGAUUUUCCAUACCUCCUCAACCGUGCCAAGUACCUCAAGGUCAAGGACUUUGACCAGUGGACCAGGCUACCGAGUGUGAGGUCGACGGCCAAGGAUUCGAAUUUUUCCAGCAAGCAAAUGGGCAACCGCGACACCAAGUCAACGAACACAAAUGGCCGCCUGCAGCUCGAUUUGCUCCAGCUGAUUCAGCGAGAUCACCAGCUUAGGAGUUACACCCUCAACUCUGUCUGCUCACAUUUCCUCGGCGAGCAGAAGGAGGACGUGCACUACACCAUGAUCACAGAGCUUUUCAACGGAACUCCGGAAUCACGAAGACGUCUUGCCCUGUACUGCCUGAAGGACGCGUACCUGCCCCAGCGUUUGAUGGACAAGCUGUCGUGUCUGGAGAACUACACGGAGAUGGCCAGAGUCACGGGCGUGCCCUUCAACUUUCUCCUAUCCAAGGGUCAGCAGAUCAAGUUCGUCAGCCAAAUGUUUCGCAAAGCUCUGGAGCAAAAGCUGGUUGUUCCCAACCUCCGGGUCGAGGGCUCCGACGACCAGUACGAGGGUGCUACGGUCAUAGAGCCCACGCGUGGUUACUACGAUGCCCCUAUUGCCACACUCGAUUUCGCGUCCCUGUAUCCCAGUAUCAUGCAGGCUCACAACCUCUGCUACACCACCUUGAUCAGCCAGAAGGCGAUCGAUGCGUUCAAGCUGGAGAAGGAUGAGGAUUACACGGUGACACCGACCGGAGACAUGUUUGUCACUGUCAAGCGGCGCAAGGGACUGCUGGCGCAGAUUCUGGAAGAGCUGCUCUCUGCCAGAAAACAAGCCAAAAGAGAACUGGCGGUGGAGACAGACCCGUUCAAGAAGGCAGUACUGAACGGUCGACAGCUGGCCUUGAAGAUCAGCGCCAACAGUGUGUACGGCUUGACGGGCGCCACCAACGGCAAGUUUCCGUGUCUCCAGAUCGCCAGUAGCACCACCAGCUACGGCAGGCAAAUGAUCGAGAAGACAAAGCAGGAGGUGGAGGCAAAGUACCGGAUAGCCAACGGCUACUCGCACGACGCCCAGGUCAUCUACGGCGACACGGAUUCGGUCAUGGUCAAGUUUGGCACCAAGGACCUCGCCGAGGCCAUGAAGCUGGGCGAGGAGGCGGCGCAGUACGUGUCGUCCAAGUUCAUUAAGCCCAUCAAGCUCGAGUUCGAGAAGGUGUACUUCCCGUACCUGCUGAUCAACAAGAAGCGGUACGCUGGGCUGUACUGGACCAAGCCCGAGAAGUACGACAAGAUGGACACCAAAGGAAUCGAGACGGUGCGACGAGACAACUGCCUGCUGGUGCAGACGGUUAUCGAGAAGGUGCUCCGGAUGAUCCUGAUCGACCAGGACGUGCUGGGGGCCCAGGACUACGUCAAGGAGACGAUCGCGGACCUGCUCCAGAACAAGGUGGACAUGUCCAAGCUGGUCAUCACCAAGGCGCUCACCAAGGACGACUACACAGCAAAGCAGGCGCACGUGGAGCUCGCGCAGCGCAUGAAGAAGCGCGACGCCGGGUCGGCGCCCGGGCUAGGCGACCGCGUGGCGUACGUCAUGGUCAAGGGCGCGGCGGGAUCCAAGAACUUUGAGCGGUCCGAGGACCCCAUCUACGUGCUAGAGAACAACGUGCCGAUAGACACCAAGUACUACCUGGACAACCAGCUGUCCAAGCCGCUGGGCCGCAUCUUCGAGCCGAUCCUGGGCGACACCAAGGCCAAGUCGCUGCUGAUGGGCGACCACACGCGGUCCAUCUCGGUGGUGGCGCCGUCGGUGGGCGGGCUCAUGAAGUUCGCCAAGAAGACGCAGACGUGCAUGGCGUGCAAGAAGCCGCUGACGUCAAAGGAGGAGUCGCAGGGCGCCGUGUGCGGCGACGACGCGGGCCGGGUGGGCGAGCUGUACAAGAAGACGCUAGACCGGGUGUCGGACCUCGAGGUGCGCUUCGGGCGCCUGUGGACGCAGUGCCAGCGCUGCCAGGGCAGCAUGCACUGCGAGGUCAUCUGCAGCUCAAAGGACUGCCCCAUCUUUUACAUGCGCAUGAAGGCCAAGAAGGACCUCGAGGACGGGAACAAGGAGCUGAAGCGGUUUGAUUUUGACAGGGCGGCAGUGUGGUAGUUGUAGUGUGUGUCUGAGUGUCUUUAUCUUGGGGCUUCAUCAACGUCUGUCUUUUUGGGGUCCAUAAACAUAUCCAGAUAUAACUGACGUUGGCGUCGUAUGGGGGCAUGGCUAUGUAGAGGGAACUGUGCGGGCGUUAUAUGACAACUAGGUUGUGGGCAGUCGUGUGCAUUUUGCGAACUAAUCCGAGCAUUAUCUUGUGCGGGUGAGAACUUCCAAUGCUGUUGGG